AAAUGAGAAAGUUUCUCGUUAUUAUGAGAUACUAAGUCGUAAUAAUGAGAAAAUUUCUCGUUAUUAUGACUUAUUUUUUUUCUUUUUGUGGCGGAAACGGGCUUCAAUACGUAGACCUUUUUAUCGGUUUCGGUUUCAGUACACUUUCUGUUUCUCCCCUGCACCCAUCACCUUGACACAGAUUUACUGGUUUUUAACUCGGAUAGAAUUGUACAUAACUGAUCGUCGCUACACGACAAACAGAAAACAUUUUACCCUUGUGGAAGUACUUGAAAAAUAUAUAAAAAAUGGGAAACACACCAUCAGAAAGUAACAUGGGCGACCGGCUGAGAUGCUGUAAGUGUAACAAAGUCCUGCCUCCAUGCAAAUCCUUCUCAGAUUAUUACCAAAGUACUAUUCACGGGCGGCAUGUAUAUGUCUUCAAUGGAGGAGAAUACUACAGACCAGUUGGCCACCAUAAUGCAUAUGAGUGUGAAGAUUGCUUUAAUAAGCCAAUCAGAGAUCAAGAGAAUAUGAGGAAAGAGGAGGAGAGAAGAAGAGAAGAGGAGAGGAGGAGAGAGGAGGAGAGAAAGAGAGAGGAGCAGAGGAAGAGAGAGGAGGAUCGAAAGAUGAAAGAAGAACAGCAAAGGGCAAAAGAGGCUGAAGAGAAGAAGAGACUAGAAGAGCUGAAUCAAAGGCUUGAAGAAUCACACCAGGAAGCGCAAGAACAGUAUGAGAAACAAAUGAGGAGGAACAUUUCAAAAGAACAGAAGUCCAAGCUAGAUGUUCUAAUAAGUCAUCUGGAUGAGUUUGAGGCAAACUAUGAAUCAUGCAGUGACAGUGAUGAGCUUUUAGCAAGCAUCUCAUCAAAAUGCAGCAUCCCACUUCCAAACCUCCAUCUCACUCAGCUGACUGCUGAUCAGCUGGGUAACAUCCUGUCAGCCCUGGACAAACUCCUCUUUGAUGAUUGGAUCAGUGCUCCUCCAUCCCGUAGCACUCUGCAGCACGCUGAAGUGCUCAUCACGGAACUGACUUUGGAGAUAUCUGAUGGACUUUCUCUGCAAAGCAUCUCCAAUCAGUUGCACUCCCUGGUGGAGGUCAUCAGCCAAUCAGCAUGCAAUGCUUUCGAGGGUCUUCUGUUGACUCAAGCCCUAUACCUGAACCUGAUGCACUUCUUCACUGACCAUGGCAGCUAUGAUACUGAUGCAGCUCUCAUAGCCAAAAGAUGGGCUGAGGAGGACCUGUCCACUGAAGAUCUCUUUCUUAUAGAAUUCCUUGGCAUCCUCACGUCAUCACUACAGAAUGUGGUUGGAAGAGUCUCUGUAUUGAUUUUAAAGAUGGAAAUCCAGUGCUUGAAGCUUCUCCUAUUCAGACUCACACAUCUAAAUGGCAAGAAAAGCCACUCAGAAUUCAGUGAAAUGCUCCUCAGACUUGUACAAAGGAACCAAUGGACCCCAGCAGAGGCUGUGACUCUGCUCAAAGCACUGUCUCAGAAAUAUGCAGAGGACACUCCAAUAACGAAAGUGCUCAUGUUGGUGCAACUGUAUGACAUAUCACCAGAGUGGAGGGAUGACUCCGGAAACUCUUUAAUCCAGGCUCUGGGCUUCAUUGGCCCUGAGAGAUUCCAAAUUGAUUUCCAAAAGACUCUCAGAAAGCAAGAUGAGAGCAGUCUAGAUUCAGCUGUAGCAGAAUUAAAAACGUCCGAGAAUUUGGAUGAUUCUGUCAUUGAUAUAAUAAAAAAUAUUACCACUGGUGUCCUACAAUAUUCUGAAAAUCCCCCAAAAGAUGAACCAUUUACGAAAGAUUCCUUUAAAUGUGCAAACCUGAGUGUAGAUAACAUCCAGAGCUUUCUGUCUCAGCUUUGCAAAGCAGUUUUUGACACAAAAGGCUGGUGGCCCACAGUGCAGCAGAUGCUGAGGUGGUGUGUGUUGGUGCUGACUGAGAAGAGCAGAUCACCAGAAUUGGUUGGUGUAGAAGACGACCCCUGUGUUACAGCCAUGUUUGCAGCCACCCAGGUCUGCAUGGGAAACAAGCUGGACAUUGUGCUAAGCUCUGAAGUUCACUCACACGAGCAAACCAAGGAGUGGUCUGACUUCUUCAAGCACCUUGGAAUUUCUCUUGUCACAAACAAAAAGAAAAUGGACGCAUCACAGUGGGAUGUCUAUGAAGCAGACAUUGUGUACGGUACCAUGGAUGACUUUGUCUCUGAUUACUUUCAGUAUGGUGCAGAGGUGAUGGUAACUGGGAAGCCUCACCUUAGCCGAGGAUUUAUCAUUGAAGAAAGAAGUCUUGCUGCUUCACAUAAUCUGGAACUUUCAAAGCUGAAGGAAAAUGAUGCCCUAGUGUUUGCUGCAGAGACCCUGCAAAGCCUCAUUGAUCAUUUUCACAAUGAAGAUAUGGAACUGAGACACAGAUUUAUUAAGGCUCUUUUUCAGGUGCUCCACAUGAGUCUAAAUUGCACAGAUGCUGACAAGAAAAUCAUAACCAUCUCACAAAAACUUACAGGAAAGGAACUGCCUUCUAACGAGGCCUAUAUACUAACCAUUCUUGAGAAUCUUCUUACCGUAUUUACUGUAGAAAGAGAAAGUAACACAGCAUUGCAGGUAGGCAAAUUGUGUUUCAAGAGUUUAUUUACCUGUGCAGAGCAAAUCCAAGCCUCAAACGAACAAACCAAAGAACUCUUCCAGAUGGUGUCAAAUCUUGUAGAACAACAACUUUGGUCACCAGUACAAGCCUUAAGCCUUCUUGUAGCAUUAACUGACCACUACCACGAUGAAGACUGUAAAUCUAUCAUGAAGAUUUUACAUCUGAUGGAAACAUAUCAGGUGUCUUCUGAGUGGACAGAUGAGAAGAACCAGUCCCUCCUUGUGCUUUGUAACUCACCUGAAACUGAGAAUCUGAUCCAGCAUUUAGAUAAGAGCUUCAGAAAUGAGAAGGAAAAAAACCUUGACAGUCUUUUUGAUGAAGUACGGCAAAUGAAAAACAUUGAUGAACAAACACUUGAGAAAUCAUACUCUAUAGUGAAGACUGUUAAAGACCUGAUUGAAUCUGGUGAGAUUGAAAACCAUAGAGAUGUGCAGAAAGCUAGGAGUUUGAGUCAUAGCACAGACACGGAAGACCUUCAAGAGAUUCUGGCAGUCUUAUGCAAUGCUGUACGCCUGUGCAAUGUUAAAGGGAAGUGGUGGCCCAGAACCACUCAAAUGAUAAGCUGGUGCCUCUUGGCCUUGUCUGACACUGGAAAGCUCCUGGAGAUGGGAACUGGAGAAGGGAAGUCUUGUGUCAUAGCAAUGUUUGCAGUGCUGCGUGCACUUAGGGGUGAAAAAGUAGAUGUGGUGUCCAGCUCUUCUGUGUUAUGUCAAAGAGAUGCAAAAGAAUGGGCCAACUUCUACUCACACUUUGGCAUCACAGCUGACACAAACACAAAUAAAACUGAAGAUAAAGAUAGAAAAAUAUGUUACCAGAAGGACGUGAUCUAUGGAACAAUUGAAACCUUCGCUGCAGAUCACCUUCGUCAGAUAUUUGAGAUGAAAGGUGUGAGGACGAAUCGCAGCUAUCAGUGCAUCAUAAUCGAUGAAGUGGACUCACUGCUGCUAGAUCAGGGAGUGCAGCUGACCUACCUGUCCAGUCCCAUGGUCUCCAUGCAGCACCUCAACACUGUUCUGGCCAUGAUCUGGGCCCAUGUCAGGCAGUAUGGCUUCCUGUCAACGGGACACCGUACUUUCAUACAGGGUCCCCCUGCUUCAUUCUUCAAAGCCAUAUUUGACUCAAUUGACACAGAUGGAACUGAAAUUAAUGACCCUAUGGAUAUUUUACGUAUUGCUGAAGAAUCAGAGGUAGUGCCAAAAGGAUUUACAGAGGAUAUCUACAAUAGUGAAAAAGAAGAACUUCUCAGCAAACUGAAAACUGUUAGUCAGGAUGCAGUGGUAGAUUUUUUCCAAAACCUUGAGCACUAUAUCCCCUAUGAUUUUAUUGUGUACACUUUAGAUGACAAUGGAUUGCUCUGUCUUAGAAAGUCCAGCACAUACAACAACCAGGAUGUUCCAAACCUCAUAUUUCUUGUUUUGGAGGAUGGCUUGUGUUGUUCACUCUAUGAUUCUGAAGAAGUUCUAAUUGAGCCCAUUGCACAAUUGAUCUCGGAGAACAUUCAGUACAGCCCAUAUGACGACACUGAAGACAAUAAAGGCAAAAUCAACGUCCCUAGAUUCCUGAAAAAUCUGAUAGAGAAGAAAGUGUCAGUGUGGGUUCAGAAUGCCUUUAUAGCAACGAGACUGAGGGAAGGACGAGAAUAUGUUGUAGAAAACGACAGUGUCUGUCCAGUGGAUUUCAGAUCCACCGGUAUUGUAGAACUGAAUAAGAAAUGGGGAGAUGGUCUACAGCAAUUUAUUGAAAUUAAACACCAAAUCAAACUCAGCACGAUUUCAACAGUGACAAACUACAUUUCUAACAUUUCCCUUUUUGAAAAAUACCAUGGGAAAAUAUAUGGAACGACAGGGACACUUGGGAGUGAAACAGACAUACUGUUUUUGCAGGACCUAUAUCCAGAUCUCUCAGCCUGCAAAAUGCCGACUUACAACCGGAAGAAAUUAUUUGAGGUCAAAGGUACUGUGAAGACUUCAGCUGAAGAGUGGAAAUCUGUGAUAAAACAGGAGGUCAUGGCUCAGAUUAGCCAAAAUUCAUACAGAGGUGGAAGAGCAGCCCUGGUGAUCUGUGAAACUAUCAACAGAGCCAAAGAGAUCUAUGAAGAGCUGAAGAGCAUCAUCCCAGGUGAGAUCAUUCUCUACUGCCGCAGUGACAAAGACAGCUUGAGCAAAAUAGACAAGGACCUGGAACCUGGUGAUGUCAUUGUUGCCACAAACCUUGCUGGUCGUGGAACAGACAUAAAAGUCUCCCAACAGGUGAACAAUAGUGGUGGAUUAUUUGUGAUCCUCUCUUUCCUUUCUGAGAACUCAAGAGUGGAACUCCAGGCAUUUGGCCGAAGUGCACGCAAAGGUAAACCUGGAUCUGCUCAGGUUAUCAUGACCACUGACCAUCUGCAGGAGUCCUUCAGGAGAGUGUCUUCUCUGGAGGAGGCAAAGAAGACAAGGGACAGACUUGCAGCAGAAAGGCUAAAUGUCAUCAUGAAUGAUGUCACAGAGAUGAAACUGCGGGAGGACCUGUUUUCAGAGUAUUGCAAAACCCUUCAGGAUAUUCACAGCAUCACAGAUCCAGGUGAAAAAAAAGCUGUGGUCGCCAUCAUGAAUGAGUUCUGGGGGAUUUGGUUACAAACUAAAUCAGAAGAAAUUGACCAGCUGAAAAGGAGUGAACUGGAAAACAGCCUGAAGGCUGAUUUGUCUGAGGCGAAAAGUCAGUCUCAAAGCCAGACUUCACCGUGUUCUAGCAUUUACCACUAUAUCAAGUUUGGGAAUAUCGCACUGGAUAAAAAAAAAUGGGAUAUCAGCAACAAGCUAUUUGAAAAAGCCAUGAAGCAAGAUGAAAGUUGGGCAGCCAUAGCCUUUUACAGUCAUGCUUAUUGCACUAUAAAGCAGAAGAAGGGAGAUUAUCUCACUAAGGCCAGAGAUGAUCUCAUGAAAGCACAGGAGUCUCUGAAGUACCUCACUGCGGACUGCAUCGCCUGCCUGCAGUUUGUAAAAAUGUCUUCUGCUGCCUCAGUCGAGAAUAACUCAUCCAGCCUUGAAAAGCAGUUAAGAAAUAAGUGCAGCAUGUUUGGUUGUUUUGAUAAAAACAUUAGUGAGGCUAUCAACAAGCUGGAUGAGAUAAACGGAAGAGGGAGGGACGCUGAAGCCAAAAAAGCACCCGUGUUCUCCCUGGUGUCGAGUGAUGAUGAAGAUCUCCAAGUGGAGGCCGAUAACCUGUACAGUCAAGGUCUGAAAUAUAUCUUUUCUGUGGAAGAAGAACCUCGUUUUCCAUGGGAGGCUUUACUGGUGUUCUGUCUUGGAGUUCUGCAGAUUAUUGGAGGGGCACUGCUCACUGCAUUUACAUGUGGAACAUUAGCUCAGGUCGGCAUGGGGUUGAUCACCGAAGGAAUAUCAGACUGCAUCUAUGGCAUCGAGUCCAUGGUGACAGGAGAAUUCAGUUGGAAAUCAUGGGCUAUAGAAAAAGCCAUUUCUAUUGGUGUAUCACUCAUUGGGUUUGGAGUUGGAAAGCUGAUUGCAAAGGGCUUCAAAACUUCUAAAGUGUUGAUUAAUAGAUUUGGCAAAGAACUGAAGUCGAUGCCACAGUUUCUCUCCAGAGAGGCUAAAGAUGGCCUUAGUGUCGUUGCGAAGACAAAUAUGAAGAAUGCAAUGAUGCACACUAAAAAACGAAUUGUAGAAGAAAUCAUUAUCUAUGGAUUUUCAAAGGCAGAAGAGGCAUUACUUACACAAAUAUUAGAUGGCAUUAAAAAUGACGUGAAAAACGGAAUUGCUGAUAGUGUGAAAUCCAGCAUGGACAAAGAGCCCUUGUCUGCAUUGGUAGACUCUGUUAUACUCUCAUACCUUCAUGGUAAAGAACAAUUUUAUUACCUCCUGCAGGACAAGAACAGAAAGAGCAAACUUCUGGACAUCUUUAAAGAGUUAAGCAAAACUGCAUUACAGCCAUUCUAUGCAGACCUCAGCUGGCAGAAUAAGCUAAACUCAUCCAUCUCUACAGUGAUUGACAGAGCUAAAUCAGAGACCUCAGGCAAAACCCGUGGAAUUCUGAUAGCCAUCCAGACUGUCCACAUGGUGUCACUGGCAGCAGAUGCCAUCAGUACAGUGGUCACACUCUCAGAAAAGUUUCUCUCAAACCUUCAGGAAGAGCUGAACAAAUUUAAAAAACAAAAAGGUUCUUCAGAGAAAGUGAAGCCAAAUGAGUUGUCUGCUUCAGAAGCUAAAAUGCUGACAGAAUUCAAAGAGGAUUUAGGCGACGCCAUCAGUGAAUUAUUAGCCGACGUUUUGGUAGAAGUGUUCCACCAGAAGUUCUCCAGUCACCUUGUUUCUCUUGUGCAAGGCGAAGUAAAUGGCAUCGUUGGCCAUUAUGUAAGAACAGGCUUAAAGACUGAUAGAACAGAGGAAAAACUCAGAGCUGGACAAAACAACAGAUACAUUGCAUAUAUGCCAGGAAACCCGAAUUCGAAACACAAGCUUGCAGGGGAGUCAGGUGAACGCUCACAGUCACACGCUGAAAAUAUCAGGAACCCCACAACGGCAGGUACCCUUCUCGACAUCAGAGUCCUGUCUGAAACCACCGGCACUAAGGUUGUCAUCCUAACACCAGACAGCCAUGGCAAGCUUACCAAAAUGCAGGAGCUGAACCCAAGUACUAAACCUGCCACUCAAACUGUGACACUGAUCUACAGACCAAAGAGUGCCCAGUUUCCGGAUGGUCAUUAUGAUGUGCGCGUCAAUAAUCAGACAGUGAGUGUAACCAACGAGGGCAAGAGCUGCCUGUUUCAUGCUUUAGCACGAGGCAUGAAGCCAUUGGCCAGUGAUAAAGAGAUCGCUUUAGAAGCAGACCGCCUCCGAUCUAUGGAGGCCAACACUCUCCUGAGUCACCCGGACCAAUGGGAGCCAUUCAUCAAGCGUAAAGAGUGGACUGAAGCAAUCAGAGGAGGGGAUUGGUACAUGGCAGAGGGAGCUGCACCAAAAAGAAAAUUUAAAGAAGUAAUGCUUGAGAAUGAGGUUGGAAAAAUAGUAUUAUACAAGGAUUGGAAAAAAUAUGCAAUUGAAAAUCCAGGUAUUGGACAAUACAUCAAUGCAGACCAUCAACCACCAGUGAGUAGUAUUUUGAAAGCUAGAAAAUUGAACCAGAAUAGCAAAUUAGCUGAAGCUAUGCUUGAAGUUGCAACAACCUCAUCUCCACUAAAUCCCAGUAAGAUUCCUAAUGUGGAAAAAUAUCAUGGCCUUUCUCUUCUAGUUGUUUAUGUGCCAAAAGAAGUACAUGAUGAGCUGCCAAGUACGAAGUUAAAAUCAUUCAGAAUAAAAUUAGCUCGUGCCAUAAGCAAGGAUAAUGUUGAGGAAACCUUCAAACUGACCAUCCUUGGUGGAAUGGUCCGAUUCCAGUUAAAUAGUGCCAUGAACUUCAAAGACUUCCAGAACACCCCACUGAGUAAAACCAGGCUUGACAUUUUUGAAGGCAGUUUUCAGGCACAUUCUCUAAAGUUGGUGAACACAUGGUUCAACCUGCUUCAAGGCAAGGGUGUCAUGACAGAUGCCCAUCUCAGCAAUCUUACGGCAUGGAUCAAAAAUGAGGGCUACAAGGAUCAAAACGAUCCACACAGGAACUUAGUCUCCGAUCUUUUAAGCAAGACAAGACAAAAGACACAGGAGCAGGCGUUGGGGCGAAAGAAACGGGGGAUAAUCAAACAAAAGAAACAAAUACCACAAAGGAACAGGAUCACAAGGGAUCCAACAAGGGAGGCUGGAAGCAGGGAUGGGAACAAGUAGAUCACUUACAUACAAACACCAUUAAAUUACAUAAACAUACCAACAUAAAGGUCAUAGACAAAACAGACGAAAGCUCACAUACCUGAAUAAUACAAGUUAAAAAGACAUGUAUGUACAUGCAGGGACGUAUUGACUUUAGGUGGGAUGGAUCUAUCAGGGUCAGACGUGUGACAUCACGCUGCAUUAUAGGGCGCAUUUUUAUGUAUGUCAGCUAUUGCCGAUACAAAUACAAUAUAUAAAGUGACAUUAAUCUUUCAAUUUUUAUUAACAUCCAUCUUCACUAAUAUGGCAGUUUAAAUCCAGCAACGUUCCACAUCAUGUAGACUGAAUUUGCAGGAAUUAUUAAAAUUACGCAGAAAUCGCAGGGUCCACUAACACUGUUCAUGACCUGAAUGAGUCUGAGUUUCUGGUAACUGAGUAACUUACUUUACCAACUUACUUUUUCCAAAUAAAUGCUCAUUUAUAAAACAGUGCGUAGGACUGUAUACGUGCACACAAAAGCCGAAAAUGGCAUGCGCAAAAAAAAAAGUCAGAUUUAUAAAACCUUGUGUAUACACACUUGCAAGCGAUAUUCUCUUUAUAAAUCACACUCCACAUGGAGGGUAUUCCUUUACCGUGGCUAAAGUGAAAUCCAGGGUUAUUAUGAUAAGUCUCGCUUACUUACAGUAUGUGCUGGAUCCAUCUCUGUGGCUAACAGUCUGUUCUAAAUAUCCAUGGUAACUUCCUACUCAGCUUAACACAGCGGCUAGAGAUCUUGGAGUCCUGGUUGAUUCACAUCUAUGUUUUGUUGCUCACAUAGGAAGUAUCACUAAAUGUGCAUCCUGCCAUCUUCAAAAGAUGCUCUCCUUUCAUGAUGCAAAAUAAGUAAUACAUGCCUUUAUAAGUCCUAGGCUGGACUACUGUAGUGCCCUCCUUUUUGGUUGUACAUCUGAAUCCUUAAAGAAAUUUCAGCUGGUAUAAAAUGUAGCAGCCACAGUAUUCACAAAAACUAAAAAAUUCGUCAUUUUAGCCUUGUUUUGUGCUCCCUUCACUGGUUUCCAGUUAAGUCACAGAUUGACCACAAAACACUGCUGAUAACUUAUAAAGCCCUGAAUGGCCUCGCAGCAGAAUAUUUUAAGAUUUACUAGUUUCUUAUAGUCCUCCUCACCUGCUUUGAUCUGAAGGAGCAGGGUAUCUAUUAGUACCUGGACUGAAACUACGGCAGACUGCAGAGCGUUCUCUUACUUAGCUCCUCAGCUGUGGAAUAGUCUUCCAGCAGAUGUGAAAGAUUCAGGCUCACUCUCGAUAUUCAUGUAUAGACUAAAAAUAUACCUGUUUAGUUUAGCUUAUAGGGACACUAGUUCUAGCUCUAGCUAACUGCUUACUCCCAGUCAGACCUAUAGUGUGAGGUGUAGAGCUGGGUGGGGAUCGGUGCCAUUGGCUUUGGAUAAACUGGACUGUCAGUGCUGUCACUCUGGCUUCACAAUCCCUUGUGGAACUGGAAUGCUGACAUUUCAGGGACUCCCCAUGCCUGCAUUCCCACUUGCCUCUCCCUCCUACUUAUGCUGCCAUAGCCUUACCUGCCAGAGCUAACUGUUUGCACUGCCUCUAGUCUCCCCUACUUUGGCUAACUGUACAUUUUAUGACCCCCCUACUCCCCCUGCGCUAUGCUGUCUGAAGACCCCAAAUUAUCAAGAUAUCCUGCCUGCUCUGCUGCCUGUGAUGCCUCCACUACCUGUGGCGUCUUUCUGGUCUGUGACGUUUCUCCUGUUUGCCCUGCUGCCAUCUGAAGCAGGAGCACCUACCUCCCCCAAUGGAUUUUUGUUCAUUUGACUCCCUCUGCUGCCCCCUGGAGGAUGGGCUCCCCCUAUGAUUCUGGUUCCUCCCAAGUUUUCUUCCUUCUAGGGAGUUUUUCCUCGCCACUAU